CGGUCUUUCGCACGCUCUUUCUUUCCCCUGCACUCGACGCGAGAGGACGCGCGCUGCCGUUACCCUCAUUUUACUUUUAUUGUCCAAGGAUUUUACACCACUGCCGGCAAACAUGAAGCUCCCGAUCGUCCUUGCUGUCGUUUUCGCUGUCGUCGCCGUUUACGCGGCUGACACGAAGAACGAGGAGUACGGGCCCGAGAAGUUAUUCCGCAGGAUCAUUCCCGCUGAUGUGCUCAGGGAUUUCCCGAACAUGUGCUUCGCCUCGACCAAGUGCAAGACGAUCAAUAUCAACGAGACCUGGGACCUGACGCCCUUCUGCGGCCUGUCGAGGUGCGUCGAGGGACCGGAUGGCCGUCUGAUGGAGGUGGUCGAUGACUGCGGUCCCCUGCCGAAGCCCAACCCCAAGUGCAACCUCAGCCUGAAGACCAACAAGACCGCGCCCUUCCCCGGCUGCUGUCCCAUCUUCGAGUGCGAGGGCGGCGCCAAGCUCGAGUACCCCGAGAUCUCGACCGUACCGCCCGAGAGUCCCGAGGAGCCCGAGGUCGUCAAAGCUGCCGCCAAGGCAUAAGUGGAUCACCAUCUACCCCCUUCGUCCUCCCCUCCGCGAAUAUAUAUGUAUAUAUAUAUAUGUAUCUCGAUCGUUCAUUUCUUCAUUUAUUUUUCAAUACUCCUUUCGAUCCUCCCAACGCGCCGAUUUCAGUGUACAUAUGCCUUGCUCGCUAUCGGCAAACAACAAAUCGAACGGAUACGUAAACACACGAGAGACGCGCUGGAAUUCUCGAUCGCGAGUUGGGCAACAGCUAUACAUAAUGUACUUACGCGCAGCGUUGCGUGCUUUUUUUUUUUUUUUUUUUU